AUCGCAAGCCAUAAACACGUUUUAGCUCUCAUUAACGUCAGACCGGAGUCCAACUCGGUCAAGAUUAUCCAUCAAUAUUGCGAACGAAAGAUGUACGGAUUUCUCCUUUUUUGCCUCGUUGCUGCCGCAGCGGCGGAUAAUUUGGGAUACAAUUACCAGCCACUUGGACACGAUGCUCCGAUUGGAGGAGUCCUUCUCGGCAAUGCUAUCACAAACGGAGCAAACAGCUACUCCGGUGGAGUUGCCACUACAACUGACAGUGGAUUUGGCGGACUCGCUGGCACUAAUGAUGCCGGAAACUUCGCUCACAGCGGUAGUGGAAUAGGAUUAGGUCCACAAUCUGGACACAUCGAAUACAACAAGGAGUUCUACACUUACGCUGCGCCCGAGCUCGAGUUCGAGGAUAAUAUUGGCGCUGAACAAUUCGGCGGAUCGCUAAAGAAGCAAUUGCGUGUGGUCUUCAUUAAGGCGCCAGAAAAUCAAGGUCUUAGCAAUGCCGUACUGCAGUUGGCUCAACAGGCUGCCGAGCAGCGCACUGCUAUUUAUGUGCUUAGCAAGCAACCCGAUGUCUCUGAAUUGGCCAACAAGUUGCAGGCGCUGAAGGGUAGCAGCACGAAUGCACCAGAAGUGCAUUUCGUUAAGUAUCGCACGCCCGAAGAUGCGGCGCAUGCACAGCACGCCAUUCAAUCGCAAUACGAGUCCCUGGGCGGUCAAUCGCAACACUCAAAUGAAGGUGUGGCACCAGUUUUGGACUUCGCUUCGCCUGCGGCAGUGCCGUUAGCGCAGAGUCAAGGCGGUGCUGAAGCUGCCGUUGGCUAUCUGCCACCGAAUUAGAGUUUUGAUGUAAUAUAAUUAAAUUAAAKUAGAAAAAUUUCAUUGCAUUGGAACUUGUUGUUCUAGCUUUUAUAUCAUACUUCAUAUUUUGAGAAUUUACGGCACAUCCUAGUUAACUAAUAUUAAAUAAAUUUGGUAUUUUAUUAAAA